AGACACAAAUUAAAAAACAAAAAAAAUCAUAAUGAUCCAUUUUUUAUCCUAAUGUAGAAUUUUGAUGUCGUAAUUAUGAACGUUUAUCUAAUAAUUUAACAUUUUAUUUGAUAAUUAUGUAAGUAUGUUAUUUGAGUCAUAAAUGAUGAUUAACCAUUUUAUGGCAGAAAUGGGCUCCCAUAUAAUUUUGACGACAUCUGACAUAAGCUAGUAUCUCAUAAAUCAACCUUUGUCAUGACUUUUUAUCUUAUAAGUUUUACUUUUAAUGGUUCACUUAUCUCAUAUUGUGACUUUUAAGCCAUAAAAAUGUUUUAUCUGACAAUUCUGACUUUUCAUUUCACAAUUUCAGAUUUGUAUUACAUAAUUAUUACUUACAGUAUCAUAACUUCGACAUCAAAACUUAGUUUAAAGAUUAUGUUGAACAGUUUAAGAGAAAAUUUAUCAACUGAAGAUGUCACGCUAACAGUAAUUCUGAUCAAAUGCAAACAUCUUCAUGCAUUCACUCCACUGUAAUUUUUACUUUACUUGAAAACAGAAGACAAUAUUAAAACACAGUGCAUCAGAAUACAUUAAUUAAAACAAACAGAGCAAUGCUGAACGUGUUGUACAGACUACGUGUUUAUACUCCUCAUGUAUUGCUUAUCUGCAGAAGAUCAGCAUUAAGCCGACUCAUCCUUUAUUUGACUCUUUCUUUAAUUAUCUAGAUUUUUCUCAUUUUAUGCUGGUUGCACUGAAAUAGCCGAAUGUUGUUUAUACAUAAACAGUGCAUACAUUUCAUGUCAUUUUAAACUUUGUAUGUUAGAUCAGUAUCUUAAUUACAAUGGACUCUCAGUAUUCCCAGGAUGCUUCAUACCCAGUAACCAGCUGAUGUUCUGUCAGAGAUUAUAUUUCAAAAACAAGACAACCUGUACAAACAAGAUCAUCACAAGUACAAUGAGCAAUAAAUGCUUCAACAAAAACUGGGUCAAGAGGUCGUCAUUUAGCACACAUUUUGUUUUCAAAGGCAGAAAACAAAGAUAAUAUAUCUUUAUAACAUAUUAUUGUAAUAUAUGAUAAUAUAAUUCAAAAUAUUAAUGCAAAUAUAUAAUACUAGAAAAACACUGGCAUUGCAUCCAAAUGCAGUGUUUGUAUUACAUCCGUUCUACUUUCAUAACUUCAUCUGGUCAGUUUUAUAGGUAUAGCACUAUUUGAUUUAAUUUUCAAAAAUGUUUAAUUUCAAUUUAUAAUUCAUUUUGACUGAGAAACAAGCUGUGUUUUCAUGGCAUAUUGGCUUUAAUUUGUUCUUUAAUUUCACUUGUUCUAGAUCAUGAGAAAUGCAUUGGAGGUUUUUUUAAAAACCAUUUUCCUAGAAAUACUUGGAAUCUGGGUAAGCAUGGGAAUACCCUCUGGUAAUGAAAACUGCUGAUGAGGUCAAACCAUGUCGUUUUACCAGUUUCACGCUGUAAACUGCAGAAAAACGGUUCCAAAAACGGGAGGAGACAACCAUCAGUGCUUAAUCUCAUUUCAUUACUGACUCGAAGCCUUUUAGAAAUACACGCACCGCUCUCACCGUAGCUUUUUGUCUGCACACAUACACAUUUUCUUUCUCUGCUCUUUAAGCCGGCAGCAUGAGGCAGCGAACAGUGGUGAUGUAUGUGGAGAUCGGUUGCUUUGUGUCCUGUCUGUGUGGCUGGGUUCUGAAUUGUUCCACUCUGGCCACUGAGUACUGGGUCGUCUCAGAAAGUGCGUCUGUGGUUCUCAGCGCCGGUGAUUACUAUUCCAACCUCUGGAUGGACUGUGUCGCAGACACCACAGGAGUAUCUGACUGUAAAUACUACCCCUCCAUGAUGGACCUGCCUGUUUUCCUCCAUGUAUCCAGGGCCCUGGCUGUCGUCUCUGUGAUCUUUGGCUUCUGGGGGGCUGUUCUCGCUCUUAUUGGGAUGAAAUGUACCAAAAUCGGAGGUUCUGAGCUCGCCAACGCCAGAGUUACAUUUGCAGCAGCGUUGACGUACAUGGCAUCUGGUUUUUGUGGUAUGAUAGUGUACUCCUGGUGGGGAGAAAAAGUGCGUUCAGAGUUUGUGGAUCCAUAUUUCUUAGAAUUAAAGUUUGAGCUCGGUGCUGCUCUGUUCAUCGGUUGGGGGGGUUCGUGUCUGCUUAUUUGUGGAAGUGCAGUCAUGUGUUAUUUCUCUUGGAGAGAGUCAUUCCCUAAAAGGUUUAAUAAACAACCCAGAAAACCCCCAACCUACAUGACAGCACGCACCAGACGGACAUACAUGCUGCCGGGCUCGUCCAGACCCACCACAGUCAUCAUCCCUCCUUCACACCAAUCAUACAGAGAGAGCAGAGGAACCAGAGCGAGUAAAGGGAGGAGAGGAACACAAGAAAGCCAGUCUGUUAGACCCAGCCUGCCCCCCAUAGACUCAGCUGUCUAAUCCAGUGUUUAAAGAAACGGUAUCACACCAUGUUACAAUUAUUUUACAGCAUUUAUUAAUCUAGAUUAAUUUAUUAAUUUACUGUUAAUCAUUGUUAAAUCGUGUUCCUUCCUAAUACAUUAACUGAUGUUAAUUUAUAUUUCUUAAAUUGUUAAAAUGUACUAGUGAAUGUAGAA